CUGUGGUUGUAUAGACCAUCCCUCUCAAUAAUCACCUCACUCAAGUCGGUAUAUGCUCUGACUGAAAGCCACAGCAAGCGGCAAUGCUGAACCCUCAGGCACUGUUACCGCACUGCAUUCGACCUAUUUUUACGGGACGAACACAACAAUAAGCGGAUGCCACCGCGACGAAGAAAGCCACCUCGCGCAGGCGCUCUCACUGAACUGCCACCCCUAAGAAUCAUCCGCCUGAUCAUCCUCCUUCAACUGUGUUACUACGCGACAGCAUUCAUAUUAAUUCUAUUUACGACUCUUGUUCUCGGUCAAAAGUUCUCGUUGGCCUUGGUUUUCGACUGGAAGAGCGUCAGAGGCGACAACACGAUCGGCUGGACCAUCGGGUUUCUUUGGGUUGUCAAUGGCUUCAUAAUAGUAAUACCAGUUCUUCUGCUGCUGUCGCGCUCCAAACUCGUCCCGGACUUCGCUUUGACGAUCCAUUUCAUCCAUUUCAUCAUUACCUCUUUCUACACAAAGUCUAUACCCACGAAUCUUCUUUGGUGGGCAUUGGAAGCAGCCAGUGCCUCUCUCACUAUAAGUCUGGGCGUGUGGGCAUGUCGAUAUCGCGAGAUGCAGCCUAUCUCGUUUGGCACGGUCCCCGAGUCGAAGGCCGUGACGAGUAACUCAGCAGGGCCUGCGGACGAACAUGUUCGCGGUGGUCCCGGCCGCGGAAGAAAUCUAGACGCCGGACCGAGUUAUGAGAUGGUGACUGUGACUAAGGGUGAUGAGAAUGUAUAGAUUGGCACCGUCUCUUCCACCCGAUUUUGAAAUGUGAAGAAAAGAGGAUAUGGUUGCAGAUUGGCACCGAGCACUUUCUGCCUGACACGUGCAGAGGUAGCCUGUACACUAUCAAAAGGUGGUGGUCUACCCAUAAAAUCUUCACAUGGUGGGGUUUCACCGUGGCCAUUGGAUGGUAGGCUCUGGAAUGCCCGGCGCCCAUGCUCAUCUUUUCAUAAUGGCACUGUGUUGCACAUACUAAAUGACGUGCUUCGGAAAGGCCACAACAUGAGCUGCUGCAACGAUCACACUACCCAUGGCAAAGCUGGUUUGCUCGAGCCACACUACCAGGCCCUGGACAAGAUGCGUCAGCGACCAAGUCUCGCGGAGUUUCUGUUCGUUUAAUCUGCAUUGCAUGUUGUUCCCCGAGCAUGGAACAAAUCCCCACAGUCCCAGCUUCCAACUUGGCGAUCAGUCAAGCUCGAAAGCCUCAUUGUCCCGGCCACGAUGAAGAUGGGUGUUCAUCUCAGCAUUCUUUGCUACUAGGCAACGUGGCUUGAUCAAAUCAUCUCGUGGGCUGAACUUGGGCGCUUAAAUGGCCAUUCAAUCAGCACAUUGCGAUAGGAGAUCAGUGCGCAAUCACGAAGACGAACAGCCGCUUGGAGAUGAGGGAGGGUCAAUACUAGACGACUUUGCAGGCAAAUACCAGUUCGCGAUUUUCUUUUGGUACUGUACUGCGCUGAACCAACACAGCAAAUGAACUUCAAGACCCAGCUGAAGGCGGAUGGACGUCCAUUGCAGUGGCAUAUAACUACCUAUUUACUGGCACAUGGGAACAAUACUCUCAACUUGUAAUAAUCGUCAAAUAAACGAGCAGGGCACUGGCAAUCGUUUUCGUUCAGACUCCAAGGGAUCCUGCUGAUCUCAGCUUGUCCUGUCGCAUUCGGCAUAAGGCUGCGCAGCGCAGCCUGUCAAUUGACAACAAUAGCAUCAGGCGCUACAAUUUCGUAAACACUGUGAGUCCUCGACCGAGUAAAUGAGUGUGCUGUAACAUUAACAAAUUACACUGAUAUUUCCCCA